CACGCCCCUGAACCGAAAAGCAGCACCAUGAGGCCCAUCCACGCCAGCGUGCUCCCAGACAGGAGAGGACAGUGACCUGGCUUCUAAAUGGCCUCAAAGUUCAGCUGAAGAAUCAAAGCAACAUGGUUAUUUUUAGAGCUCUAGAGGCACAAAAAUACAGCGCUAAACUGUGACCUGCGGCGACACACAGCAGGCGACGCACAGGCGGCCCUGCGCUGGGAGCACAUCUGCCUGCGGUGUUAGCCCCGCAUGUCUCCACCCCCACAUCUGAACGCACGGAGCACGGAACCAGCAGCUGCCAGCAUCUCUCCCCAUGGCUGGGUGACAUUCAAAAGGCAGACAUUAUAUAAUUUGUGAGAUUCAGUAGUAAGUUAUUUUUGUCAUUUCUUCUAGCUUGCUUACCAGGUGAAUUAAUGAGCAUUCUCUCCACAUGAAGAUUUCACAACCUCGUUCCUAACAUAGAAAGUUAUUUAUUUCAAAUGCAGUUUCAGUGGUAAAUACGGGGGCUGGUUCCUGCAGCAGGGGACAGCCAGGAGAAGCAGACCUGCCUGAGUGAAACGCGCCUCAUCACCAAUUCACGCAACAUCACCACAUCGGACCCACACUUACCAGGGCUAAAAAUGCCACUUUUUGGCUGGAUGAAAUGGCCAAAACACUCCGCCUACAAACCCCCACACCGCCCUGGCUCGGAUGCGGUGGCCAAGACGCUGCUCCGGGAGCUGCACUGGCACCUGGAGGAGCGAGAGGCGCUGCUGCAAGAGAUCGGCAGUGAGCAAAGAGGGAGGGAAGCGGGCGUGGAGUACCCCCGGCGGAGAACCUACCAGAAUCCCCACACCACCAUCCCAGCUACUGAGCAAAGGCGACUUGAAGCUCUGUGCUCGCGAGUGCAGCCCUGCCAAACAGGAACCAUUCUCAGCAGAUUUCGAGAAGUUUUGGCAGAAAACAAUGUGCUGCCCUGGGAAAUCAUCUACAUCUUCAAGCAAGUUCUGGAAGACGCCCUGGCUAGCCCUGAGAAAGGUGGGCAGCCGGGGCGCCCCAAUCACCCUACUUGCCCAGAGGACAGUGUCCAGAGUUCAGACAAGGAUGAGAUUCCCACCGUUUCCAGUUACGUGGACAGAAACACGGAGCACAGGCUCCCUGCAAUCUCGCGCAGGACGUGGAACCUGCCGCAUUACUACCCUUCCAGUGAAGGUGCUGGCAGCCGGAGGCGUUUCUAGGCCCACCUGGUGUCGGAUGCUGGGUGCUCAGAAUAAGAAAGGUGAUGUGACUCCACACUUCUCUGUUGCCUGUGGAUGUGUCCUAUGUUUUAGACAGUGUUCCUUUCUCAACCUCUAAAAAUGCAAUGUUUCUUAAAAACUAAAGUGUUUCCUAAAUAUUUUGAAAAACAUGUUUGAAAUAUUUUCUUAUACCUCAAAAUAUCUCACAGGAACUAAGGCAUUUAUUUAGUAGGAAGUUUGAUAACCUUGACUCCGAUUCUGAGAGGAUGCUGCACCAGAACAAAGUAAAUGGCGCGAACCCUCCCUCCUGACACUGCCUCCCUCCAGGGCAUGCUCCCGGCAUGGCACAGGGGGAGACCCUGAGAGGAGACCCAAGGGGAGACCCCAGAGGCAGGAAAAACGGGCAGUGUGAAGAUAAAGCUGCAUCCUAACACAUUCGUUUCCAAUCUCAACUAAAGUAAGGGGAAGUAUGGAAACACUGCUCUGUGUUCUAUCAGUAAGGUUCAACAUCAGCAGCUGCUCCUCUCAAAGAAAGCAAUCCUGAUGUAUACUUGACACCAAUAUUAUGUUUAUUUAAAAUAGCAAAAUAGCACUGGCCAGUGUAGCUCAG